CCCCAAUGAAUCAUGUUAAAUUCGGCAUUUCGACUCAAGCCCGUUCAAAAUCGGGCGAUGAUAACCUUCAAAACGAGUCUUCAUCUCCCAAAAACUGGGUAGGAGUUUGGGUUAGGCCAACUAAUUUGGGCGAGUCGGCAGGUCUUGUCCCCUCCCAAUUAUAAUUUUCCCUUCGAAAGUCUCUCCCUUUCCCUCUCUCUAUAUCAGUCCCUUCUUUCUUGAGCAAUCAAAGUCUAGUUUCAGUUGAAGGUUGGAGCCUCAGAAUUUAUAGAGAUGGAAGAAAACCCACCACGCUCUCAUCUCAAGCGCCAAUUCUUGCAAGACGAAGACUCCAACAAGCCUCCCGCGCAAAAGAGGAUUAGGUUUCCCAAGGGAAAGAAGGUGAAACCUGGAGAAGAAGCAGCAAAUAGAGUUGCUGUUGAAGACGGCUCGGGUGACCUGAAAGAUCCCCGUCUUGCUGCUAAGGAGCGUGCCAAGCGCCGCAAUCAAAUUACUACAGAACUAUUCACUGAAGAUGGACGAGGCAUGCUUAAUGAUGUCUCUGUUGCUGAAGUUGCAUAUGAGGAUAAUGAGAACUUCAUUGAUGAUGGAAUUCAAAUAGAACCCUUCAAUCUGAACAAAGAAAGAGAAGAAGGAUACUUUGAUGCAGAUGGAAAUUUUGUUGAAUAUAUCAAUGACAAUGAAAUCAAGGAUGCGUGGCUUGAUAGUGUUGAAGCUGAUAUAAAGUAUACAGGAAAAACAUCUGCAACAACAAAUGAAGAUAAUAGUGAAGUUGCGGCACAGGAUCUUUCCCCCCAAGACAUUGGAAUAAUAAAAAGACGUAUUGCCAAUGUGCUUGAGCCUGGAGAAACGGUUUUGCAAGCUCUGAGAAGGUUGAAAGGAGCCACAAAUAACAGAAAAGAGAAAAUGUCAGCUGAGAUAAAGCAUGUAUUUGACCAGCUAACUGAGGAUGCCAUGAAGUUGAUGGAUAAUGGUGACUACAAUGUGUACCAUGAGAAGCAGAAGGUUUUCCAGCGUGAGGCAGAAGGAUAUGAGAAGUUAGCUCUGGCAAGGGGGAAGGGUAUAUCUGUGAACGUUGGGCUAGACAAUUCUGACCCUAACUUGGGAAGUGACAUACUUACAGAUAUAAAUUAUCCUGGAGUAACUUCUUCUGUACUCCCUGACUUGGCUGUGGGUACUUCAAAUUCAAAUCUAACUCCUGCAGAAGUUUCAAGCAAUGCUGCCGAUAGUUAUGAUAUGUUUGCAGAUGAUGAGGGUGAUGAAAAUCUUAAACCGUCAUCUGAGCCUAAUUCUAAUGCAGUCACUCAAUCAUCAUCAGAAGCUGCAAAUACUUUUUCUGAGACUGGAGAGGCACAAAAUGAUUAUGUCUAUGAUGAGUCUUCAGGGUACUACUACAGUAGUACUUUGGGAUAUUAUUAUGACCCAUCUACCGGACUAUAUUGCUCAGCAGCAUCAGGGCAAUGGUAUUCCUUUAAUGAGGCGACUGGCACAUAUGAUGAAGUUCAGGAGGUUGCAUCUAGUACCAAUUGAGAGUUACUCCUCCAGUGAGGAUGUUGUACAGGCUAUAGAGUAGGUCUUGAUGUGUGAAAUUGGCAUCUUGAGUGCUUUUCAUACGAUAGGCUCCAUACUUUUUCUUGCCUUCUAGAUUUAACAUACAUUUUUAAAGUUAUACUGUGGCAGUGAGUGCAUUUCUUUUCUUGGUUUUAGUUUUAACUAUUACGGAGAGAAAGUCUUCAUUUGGAUUAGCUUUAAGUUGUUUGUUUACUGGAAAAUUAUAGCUAGUGUUUUUAUGAUGCAUUCUGUUUAACACCUUUAUUUUCUCUUCCAUUAUGAUGUUCUUCAAGUCUUGUUCUAUAAUGUGUAGCCAUUCAACAAGACACCUUGCAGAUGUUUACAUGAUUGGAUAUUAUUCGAGGUCUACUGCACUUCUCAAAUCAUCUAUUCCUAGCAAGCUUAAACUCAUGAGAGUACUAGUAGUGACCCAAAUUUCCGAAGGCAAAUAUGUAAUCAAACUAACCAUGCUUGCUCUUUCAAAGUUUCAACAAAUUGAACAGCCAAUAAAAUAAUAGUCGCCAAAUAAUGCAACGGCUAGCAUCUGCCUUCUUUUGUGACCAAGCGUGGAAAUGGAGGAAUUUUGGAGGUCUGACAAUAUUUCCAAGUUGGUGAGUGCUGAUCAUAUUUGUUUAUUUAAUAACAAAUAAACAGCAGGAUCCAAAGUGAAGAAAGAAAAACUCAGGUUUCAAAUUGUAAUGAAGAUUGCAGAAUUAAUUAAUCAAUGUCAAUCUGGUUAUUCAUUCAAUUUCUGGUCUCAAAAAAUGAGUGUUGCAGUUCAAUCCAGUCCCCCAAGCAACCCUUUUGUCAUGGCAGAACAAAAUGACAGAAACUUAACACUAAUCGCAUUAAAGCAAU